CUCGUCUCGUUUCCCGAGAAACACCGCGUUGUAGACCGAAAUCGGUUCGUCUCCCGCCGCGGAUUGCGUAAGGACACGUAUGAACGUCCGGUUAUCGAUCUCGUGGGCCACCUUUUGCCACCUGUCGAGAAUCCCUAUCCCAAAUCGGUUCAACGGCCGCGCGGCGUUGAAAACCGUGACUUUAGUCGGGACGGUGACGAGCCGGAGCUUCCACGCGAGGAUCACGCCGAAGUUGCCGCCGCCGCCUCCCCGGACGGCCCAGAAGAGGUCGGGAUAGGCGGCGGCCGAGGCCACGAUGAGGCGGCCGUCGGCCGUCACGACUCGAGCAGCGAGGGCGUUAUCGACACCGAGGCCGUGGGCCCGCAUCAAGGCGCCGUAGGCGCCUCCGGUGAUGUGGCCGCCGAUCCCAACGCUGCCGUAGAGGCCGGCGGGGAAGGCGAGGGUGCCGCGGCUGGAUUCAGCCACGUGAUAGUAGAGCUCGCCUAUGGUGGCGCCGGAUUGGACCCACGCGGUGCGUGUCGCCACGUCGACGCUGACGUGUCGGAGGUGCUGGAGGUCGAGGAGGAUGAACGGUGGGCG